AUGCUCUGUCCCUUCUGCGGCAUCGCAAACGCAUAUCCACCUAUCCCACCUUCACAGCCAGUCCAAGUUCUUCCUCCAGUGGAAAAAGGGCACGCAUUUCUCAUCCUGUCUACAAGACAUGUUCUAGCGUUUCUCGAUAUUAUGCCUCUGUCCAAGGGACAUAUACUUGUUACGACGAGAGACCAUUACGAGAAAGUUGGGGCUUUGGGUGUGAGGAUUGGGCAGGAGAUGGGUAAAUGGCUGCCAAUCAUCUCGCGAGUAGCUAUGCGAGUGGUAUUUGGAGAAAGCAGUUUAACAGAAGAGCAUCAUUGGAAUAUUGUGCAGAAUAAUGGUGAAAGAGCAGCCCAAGUAGUUCCUCACGUCCACUUCCACAUCAUUCCCAGACCUCCGCUUGUCUCUACCGGCACACUGGCACAAUCGCCCGGUUGGACGAUGUUCGGCCGAGGGCAGAGGGAAGAUCUAGACGACGAAGAAGCCGAGGAGCUUGCACGGUUGCUGAGGGAAGAACUUGCGAGAGAAGUGGCGAGAGUGAAGGAUCAGGAAGGUGUUGACCUGGAUGUUGAUGCUGAUCAUAAAUUGUAG